GCCGCCGCGCUCGUGCGCCAGUGGGUCGCCUUCGCCGAGGCCGAGCUGAUCCCGGCCGCCGCCGUGGCGGCGCGGCGGCCGGGCGGGGAGACAGAGGAGCGGGCGCGCACGGAGCUGCGGCGGGCGUUGGCAGCGUUGGACUCCCACCUGCGGCCUCGGACCUUCCUGGUGGGCGAGAGUGUGACGCUGGCCGACAUCACCGUCACCUGCGCCCUGCUGCUGCCCUUCCAGCAUGUGCUGGGCCCAGCUGCUCGAGCCGCGUUCCCCAAUGUACUGCGCUGGUUCCGCACCUGUGUGCAGCAGCCCCACUUCCGGGCUGUGCUGGGGCCCGUGGUGCUGUCUGGAGAGGCCACCGCCGACCCCCCAGAGGAGCCUGCAGCCAUGGGGCCAGGCACUGUGGGGCCAGAGACUGCUCCCCCAGCCAAGAGCGCCUCACAGCUGAAGAAGGAGGCAAAAAAGAGGGAGAAAAUGGAGAAAUUCCAACAGAAGAAAGAGAAGAGCCAGCAGCAGCAGCAGCAGGAGAAGGCAGCGAAGGCAGAGAAGAAGGAGCGGAAAGAGCGGAAGGAGCUGGGGGUCAUCACCUACGAGCGGGAGACCCCCCCGGGGGAGAAGAAAGACGUGAGCGGCCCCAUGCCUGAGUCGUACAGCCCGCGCUACGUGGAGGCGGCCUGGUACCCGUGGUGGGAGCAGCAGGGCUUCUUCAAGCCUGAGUACGGGCGCUCCAGCGUGGCGCAGUCCAACCCUCGCGGCGUCUUCAUGAUGUGCCUCCCGCCGCCCAACGUCACCGGCUCCCUGCACCUCGGGCACGCGCUCACCGGCGCUAUCCAGGACGCCCUGGCCCGCUGGCACCGCAUGCGGGGGGCGACGACGCUGUGGGUCCCGGGCUGCGACCAUGCCGGCAUCGCUACCCAGGUGGUGGUGGAGCGGCGGCUCUGGCGCGAGUCGGGGCAGACGCGGCACCAGCUGGGGCGCGAGGCCUUCCUGCGUGAGGUCUGGCGCUGGAAGGAGGAGAAGGGCGACCGCAUCUACCACCAGCUGAAGCGCCUGGGGACCUCCAUGGACUGGGACCGGGCCUGCUUCACCAUGGACCCUAAACUGUCCCGCGCGGUGUGCGAGGCUUUUGUGCGGCUGCACGACGAGGGGCUCAUUUACCGCAGCAAGCGCCUGGUCAACUGGUCCUGUGCCCUCAAGUCGGCCAUCUCUGACAUCGAGGUGGACAAGAAGGAGCUGGGGGGGCGGACGCUGCUGUCGGUGCCAGGCUACGAGGCCAAGGUGGAGUUCGGCGUCCUGGUGUCCUUUGCCUAUGUGCUGGAGGACCAGGGGGAGGAGGAGGUCGUCGUGGCGACAACCCGGCUGGAGACGAUGCUGGGGGACGUGGCGGUGGCCGUGCACCCUGAUGACCCCCGCUACCAGCACCUGCGGGGGCGCCACGUCCGUCACCCCUUCACGGGCCGGAGCCUCCCCAUCGUCCACGACGCCUUCGUCGACGUCGCCUUCGGCACCGGCGCGGUGAAGAUCACCCCAGCCCACGACGCCACCGACUUCGAGGUGGGGCAGCGGCACGGGCUGCCCUGCGUCACCGUGCUCAGCGACGAGGGGCGGCUGGUCAACGUGCCCCCCCCCUUCCUGGGCAUGCAGCGGUUCGAGGCCCGGGCGGCCGUGCUGGAGGCACUGAAGCAGCGGGGGCUCUUCCGGGGCGUCAAGGAGAACCCCAUGGUGGUGCCCAUCUGCAGCCGCUCCAAGGACGUGGUGGAGCCCCUGCUGAAGCCGCAGUGGUACGUGCGCUGCGAGGGGCUGGCGCGGGGGGCGGCCGAGGCCGUGCGCCGGGGGGACCUGCGCAUCCUGCCCCACAGCCACGCGCGCACCUGGUUCCAGUGGAUGGACAAUAUACGGGACUGGUGCAUUUCGCGGCAGCUGUGGUGGGGCCACCGCAUCCCUGCGUACUUUGUCACUGUGCACGACCCCGCCGUGCCGCCCGGAGAGGACGAGGACGGGCGCUACUGGGUGAGCGGCCGCAGCGAGGACGAGGCCCGGGCCAAGGCCGCCCGCGCGUUCGGGGUGGCACUGGAGAGCAUCGAGCUGCGGCAAGACGAGGACGUCCUGGACACCUGGUUCUCCUCCGGCCUCUUCCCCUUCUCCAUCUUCGGCUGGCCCGAGCCCAGCCAGGACCUGGAGGUUUUCUACCCCGGGACGCUGCUGGAGACCGGCCACGACAUCCUCUUCUUCUGGGUCGCCCGCAUGGUGAUGCUGGCGCUGGCGCUCACCGGGAGGCUGCCGUUCCGCGAGGUCUACCUGCAUGCUGUGGUGCGUGACGCCCAUGGGCGCAAGAUGAGCAAGUCGCUAGGGAAUGUCAUUGACCCCCUGGAUGUCGUCAGUGGUAUCUCCCUCGAGGGCCUGCACGCACAGCUGGAGAGCAGCAAUCUGGACCCCGCUGAGCUGGAGCGAGCGCGGCAAGGGCAGAAAAGCGACUUCCCCAAUGGAAUCCCUGAAUGUGGGACAGAUGCCCUGCGCUUCGCCCUCUGCGCCUACACGGCCCAAGGCCGCGACAUCAACCUGGACGUGGGGCGGGUGCUGGGCUACCGACACUUCUGCAACAAGCUGUGGAACGGAGCCCGCUUCACGCUGCGGGCGCUGGGCCCCACAUACCAGCCCCCUGCCAGCCUCCAGCCACGGGGCGCCGUGGGGCUGGCGGAGGGCUGGAUCCGGAGCCGCCUGAGCCUGGCGGUGCAGCAGUGCGGGGCGGCCCUGGGCGCCUAUGACUUCCCCGGCGCCACGUCGGCCGCCCACGGCUUCUGGCUCUACGACCUCUGCGAUGUCUACCUGGAGUGUGUGAAGCCGGUGCUGGCACGCGGUCGCGAGGCCGGGGACAGUGAUGGCACCAGGGAUGGUGACGGCGACGGUGACGGCGCUGGGGCGGCGGCGCUGGCGGCCCGCGACACCCUCUACACCUGCCUGGACGCGGGGCUGCGGCUCCUGGCUCCUUUCAUGCCCUUCGUCACUGAGGAGCUGUGGCAGCGGCUGCCGCGCCGUGACCCCCCAGGGGACCCCCCUAGCCUCUGCGUCUGCCCCUACCCUGACCCCCAGGAGUACUGCUGGCGCAACCUGGAGCUGGAGGCCACCAUGGAGUUCGCCCUGGGCAUCGUCCGGACCCUGCGCUCCCUCCGCGCUGACUACAACCUCACGCGCAGCAAGCCCGACUGCUUCUUGCAGUGCCCGGCAGCUGAGUGGGCGGCACGGGCCCACAGCUGCAGCGGCUACAUCAGGACCCUGGCAUCCUGCGGCGCCCUGCGGGUGCUGGAGCCUGGCGAGAGCCCGCCGCCCGGCUGCGCCGUCGCUGUUGCCUCCGACCGCUGCACCGUCCACCUGCUGCUCAAGGGCGUCAUUGACGCCCCUAAGGAGCUGGCCAAGCUGGGGGGGCGCCGGGAGGAGCUGGCGCAGCAGCUGGAGCGGCUGCGGGAGCGCAGGGCCACCCCCGAGUACGGUGCCAAGGUGCCCCCCGCUGUGCAGGAGGCUGAUGCUGCCAAGCUGGCACAGACUGAGGCGGAGUUGCACAAGGUGCUGGAGGCGCUGGAGCUGGUGCAGAGGAUGCUCUGACCUAUGGCUGCCCCAUGGCUGCCCCCCUAGACAUUAAAGUUAUUUUCCUGA